AUGUCAAAGAAUAGUUUGGAAGUUUGGAACGCGAUCGAAAAAAUAUACAAUGAUUCCAAAAAUCCUCUCGCAUGGCCGGCAUUGUUGAUGGUAGAUGGUGCAGGGGAGUUCAAAGGAGCAUUCUCUCGAGGGAUGGAAAGUUAUAAUGUUCCUAUAAGAAUUGUUGAUCUUUACAGUUUCGAAAGUUUAGCAUUGGUUAAAAAAUUCAAGCAGGAUUUGGCAAGAUAUAUAUAUAAAAUUCAAUAUGCUAUAGAGGGCAAACUCAGAGGAGGUGAACGUUCUAAAUUAUGGAAUAAGAUACUUCAGAAAAUUAUCAACUAUAUGAAUAAUAAUAAAACGCGAUUAAUAGGCAUGUCUCCAUCAUAUGCGAUGACAUUGCGGGAAGUGAUUCCCAAAGUAACUAUCAAACCUAAAAGACCUAUUGGGAAAGAUGAACCACGAUUACAAAAAGGAACAACUGUAAGAUAUUUAUUAAAACCAGGUGAGUUAGAAGGAGGACACAUGCAUAGAAAAACUGACCCGUACUUCUCAUUGCGUUUAUAUAAGAUCGAGAAAGUCAUUGUAGGCAAGAAUCCACCACAGCCAGUCUUAUAUUAUCUUGAGAAUGAGCCCAUUGAAUCUACUGCUCAUUUGAUGGGACGUAACCCACAUCGACCAUUCAAGCGAGAAGAACUCCAA